AUGACGUCAGACUGUUGUGUUAUGCAAGAAAUAUCAAAGAUGGCUGCAAGGACGGCUGUGGGAGCAACGAUACGAGCAGUCAGUAAACCAAGAAAAUUUGCCCCCAGAAAGGCUGCAAUAACUCUAGUAAGUCUAUCGCUUUCAUUGGAAUGGAUUAAGUAAAUUCGUUGGUUUAAACAUCAUCGAACAAAGAAGUUUUUGUGUUGAUAAUUUAGUUACGCAGUUUCGUGGAGUCUGUCACGAACGGAAUUUUUUCUAUCUGCAUAAAUUCGGUAGAAUUUAUUGUUUGAUACGAUCUGUCACAUGCUGGUUCUCUGUUUAGAGUAUUUGCCACUGUUACUCGCAUAUUGAUAAAUUUUUAAAUGUAUUUGCAGCUGACUGAUAUCGCUUCGAAGUGGCCGCCGGUUAAGCAACAGCUAGUUUAAGUUUAUUAUAAAGACGUCUAUAAAGCUCAGCAAAUUGUAUCUUGUUUUAUUAUGUGGGUGCUUUUACUUAAGCUUAAUGUUUUUGAUUUUAGACCCCAACAGCAGUAGAGAAACUUAAAACACUUCUAAACACAGAAUCAGGAAAAGUAAGUGGUCAUUUUCAUAAGUAGCCUUCACUUAUUUUACCAGUAAAUACACUGUCUACCUCCCCCAGGGGGUCCUCUCAAGUAUCCUCCUCACAAUGGUCCAAAGAAUUUAUUGGUCCUGAAAUAAAUAAACAACUAUUGUUCUAUCUGCUGAAGAUGGGCUAUACUGCCCUUUGCAGAUCAGACAUUUAGAUUUAGAAGGGGAUUUACAGGGACCUCAAGGGCAACAUUUGACUCAUUUGUUUUUCUGAAAGCAGAGGCUACUUUAUUGCAGUUUGUACUGGUGUGCAAAAAAGUAGAUUUUGCAACCAAUCAUCCAUUCCUAUCCAGAAAUGUCGACAAAUAAAUUAAAACUAAUUGAUUUCCAACUGACUCUAUACUGGUUUGGUUAUUGCAUCAGCUUGAUCUGCUAUUGCAUCAAGUUGACCCAGCAUGUACACUCUUUGAGGGAUGUAAAGGUCACAAUUUUUCAGUGACUUGUCACAACAACAUAAGAUAGUUGUGGCUGUAUUUAUUUGUUUUCCUUCCCAAGAAGAAUGAAAACCUGUUUUAGGUCAACAUGUUGCAAUAAUAAUAAUAAUAAUGAUAAUGGUUUUUGACUGCUUGAAACAAAAAUUAUUCAAAAAACAAUUUUCUACACCACAGCUGUUUAUGUCAGUAGAAGUUGAUGCACAUUGGACCGAGCAUUGGCUGGACCAAAAAUGCACCUUUGUAAACGCCAUUUUUCUCAUGAAACGCAUCAGAAAAAUAGGCACGCCUGAGACAGCUGUCAUCAGAGGCUAUUUUGUGCACACCAGUACAAAGUAGCCUCUGCUUUCAAGUGGAAUAUACAAUAAUAUAUUGUCAGACUUGCUCUUAAUUCUAAAUCAAAAUGAGUUUCAACCUCUCAAAAUACUCAAAAUGUUCUUGUUUUCACCAGACUGCCUUGAAAAUAGGUGUUAAACAAAAAGGUUGCAAUGGAAUGCAAUAUACCUUAGAUUAUGCAAAGGAAAAGGGCAAGUUUGAUGAAGAAGUCAAUCAAGAUGGUGAGUUGAUCAAGCCUAGUGAAGUAGUGCAUAUUGGUAGAAGAUAAUGUUAUGGGGUCUCUCUAGUGCAAACCUUUCAUAUUAGGGGUUCCAACAAGUCAAGAAACUGUAAAAGGAGCUGGUUUAAAUUAAAACGUGUAUUGGCACAAAAUCAAACUGACAUGACAGCCUUGUCGCUGGUAUUAAGGUUGAUUGUUUCGCAGUAUGAUAAACAGAGAACAUCGGCGUGUGUAAGUUAGGGUAUUGUCCUAGAAGACCCUGGUAGGGUACAGUUCUGACAGGGCCAUGGCCUUAAACCCUUUAAGUCCCAAUGGUGACCAACAUCAAUUUUCUUCUAACCAUAUCCAUAGAUUGUCCAGAGAUUAAGUUAUGAGAAUUAAUAAGUUGAUCAUCUAAGAGAAAAUGCCUUGAUCUUUUAUCAAAUUCUCUCAACCCAUCCAUGAAGGAAACAUAUAGAGAUAAGUUUGGAGAAUUUGUAUGUGGAUAUUGGGACUUAAAGGGUUAAAGAGCAACAUGGCAACAAACACCACAAAGAUGGGUUCAAACUGCAACAGCAAUGAAGAAAAGUGCAAGUACAAUAUUUAAUUAUACCAACAGGGACAUGGUCUCUUCCUCAGUGCAACAGCCUGGUGUGAUGUGGCUUUGCCAAAUAUCUAUGAUUCACCUGGAAAUAAGUCUGCAAACAUUAUCGAAAUGUUUGCUGUAUCUAUUUUAAAGCCUGAGCUACAUCUGCUGCUUACAAGCUUGAUAUAACUAUUAUCAAAAUGGUUAUAUCAAGCGUGUAAGGAGCAGAUGUAGGUCAGGCUUUAAAACAGACUAAUACUAAAAGAAAUUUUUCAAGCCCACAAGCAAAAAGGAAGGGGAGAAUUACUGGGUGUUCAAGAACAUUAAAGAUGCACAUCCCAUUUUCUCAAAUGCCCCACCUUGUUCGUGUGCCUGCCAUGGAGGUAUUGAGUGAAAUUGUCAUAAAUCAUUGGAAUUUAGCAGUCCCAUACACCACUGUUAACAAUUGGAGGGACAUUUUUUAGCACCAAAUUUUGGUCUCUUGGCCCAAAAAUUUGGGAUGUUUUUAGACUUCCAAUAUAAAAAAAGUCAUCUACCGAUUCUACCUUUCUUUUUAUUUCUCGUUUUGUUGUUUCAGGGGUGAAAAUAUUUAUUGAUUCAAAGGCACAAUUGUCAUUACUGGGGACAGAAAUGGACUAUACAGAGAGUAAACUGUCAAGUGAAUUUGUAUUUAAUAAUCCAAACAUCAAAGGAACAUGUGGAUGUGGAGAAAGUUUUCACUUAUGA